AUGAUACAAUGUAUAUUAAAUCGCACCGUUCAAAAGAAGCUCUUUAUAUUUUGCAACACUGUCUUCUGGGUGUUUGGUCUUGGCUCAUUAAUAAUCGGAUUAUGGUCAUACGCAUCAAAGCAAAAUUACGUUGAUCUCACACCAUCGUUAUAUGGUACUUAUUCUACUAUAGGCUUAUGUGUUGCAGCUGGACUUACGGUGAUGAUUAUUUCUGUUAUUGGUUCUUUUGGAGUCUGGACUGAAUCACGUUUGCUGUUACUUGCUUACACUUUUUUCGUGCUUUUUCUGUUAACAAUUCAAUUCGUUAUAAGCAUUCUCGCAUUGAAUUAUCAUUCUGACAUUUACCGACAUAUUCGAUAUGAUAUGGAACAAAGCUUGCAAAAUCACAAGGAAGUAUUCGUAAGUGGUCAGAUAACGUGGGAUCAGAUGCAAACAUUGUUCCACUGUUGUGGUGUAGACGGACCAGAGGAUUGGUUUGGAAUCGCAAAAUGGCCUAACAGUUCGUAUGUCCCUGACAGUUGUUGUGAUGUGAUAUAUUUCAGUCCAAACUCUUCUAAGGAAAACUGUGGCAAAGGAAAAGAAAAUUGGUUUUCGUGGUACUAUAGGGGUUGCAGUCAAGUUUACACAGACUGGCUUUUUGAAGAGAUUAGAGUUGUAGCCUAUAUCUCGAUAAUCUUCAUUCUUAUCGAAUUUGUGCUCUUGGGACUGUUGCUUCUUUUGUUUCAAUCAGCACGACUCAAUCGAAUGUCAUAUAAUGGCACUCAUCACGCUUGUAAUCAUUCGAAAGGAGUAAGCAUUGAACUACCGCAAGAAAGGCUUUUAAGCAAUAUAACUCGUUAA